AUGGGGGAAGAUUCUUGUCAGCACCUUUUCUUCCAAUGUGCUUGUAGUGCUAUGGUUUGUCAGAAUGUGAUGGCUUGGAUUGGGAUUCGAAUAGUGAAUCAGGAAAACCUUUUUAUUGCAUGGAAGAGAUGGAGCAGAAGAUUCAAGAGUAAGAAACGCCAGAGAGUAUGUUACUCAGUGAUAGCAGCUUUAGUCUAUCACAUAUGGAGAAUGAGGAAUUACAGCUACUGGAAUGAUGCUGUGCCAAGAAUUGAUGGAGUCAGUAGGACAAUCAAGAUUGAUGUAUGCAGUCGAAUUAAAAGUAUAGCUGAUAUGCAAUGGAAUGUUGAAGAUCGUAUAUGGUUUAACCAACUUGUAACUAGUAUUGAGUAA